CGUAGGGAAACGUUCGGAAAUUCAAACACAACCACGAGGAAUCGCGUUCUCGUAUCUAUCUAGAAAACAGUUUGAAUUCGCCGGUAAUGCGGGUACGAUGUUAAAUUUAGUUCGUUAUUUAAUUCACGUGUUGUAAAGUAAAAAAUAUUGUAAAUAAUUAAAAUUACUAUGUGUUUUAAAUAGUUCGGAAUUUUUUAACGUAAAUUUAUCACUUCGCAUUAGGGUUUUUUUUUUGGUACUUGUAACCGAAAAAUUAUCUAGUGGACUCCGUGAGUCGUCGUAGUGUUAGUCGAGAGUUUUAAUAAUUAUGAUAUUUUGAUUAACUGACCUAUUCUUUUUUUUUUAAUUUUAUCUUUUCGACGUGUGUGUGUGUGUGUUUGUGCGGAUUGAAGAGUGAUAAUAUAAAAUGGAUCAUUUCGGCCAUCCUCAUUCGGAGCAUCAUCACGAUGAACACGAUCAUCAUGGACAUGACGAUCACAACGAUUUCGAUCACCACGAUCACCAUAAUAUGACCGCUUCGGCAGCCGUUAACGUGAUGUUCGAGAUGAAUCCGCUUCUGCAGGCGAAAUUAAUAACCAUGUUUGUAUUAUGCUUCGUAUCAUUUCUACUGGGGAUUAUUCCGUUGAAACUAGUCAGAUUAAUGAACAUGAAAGUGCCAUCGUGUAAGACACAUUCUCACGGAGGUGACUCCGAACAACCCUUGCUGAUGUCUUUGCUGUUGUGUUUCGGCGGCGGCGUACUUCUAUUUACCACAUUCCUACAUUUACAGCCGGAGGUACGAGAAAGCAUGGAGCCAUUUAUGCAUAACGGUCAGUUACCAGAUUUCGUCACUAAAAAUCACCUACAUUUCGCCGAUCUUGUAUUCUGCGCCGGGUUCUUCCUCGUAUACGUUAUCGAAGAAGUCGUACACGCUAUUCUAGAUCUCGGCUCGCAUCAUCACGAAGACGAAGCCGUACUUCAUCGUACGAUGAGCUUGAGAAAAUGCGCCAAACAUUCGAUGGAUUUCCACCGUCGUCAUCAUAAAGGUACCAUGAUCCCACGUGUUUCACUCGCCAAUAACCCGAUCAAAACCGAUAUACCUGAUAGCAGUUUACUCAGCGUUUCAACAACCAGUCGGCAAGGUUUACUCGAACACGGAUCUAAUACACUGAUGAAACGACCCAACCAGCAUCUGACCGUCGACACAUUACCACAAAUUUCAGCCGCAGCUUCAUCGACCGAUGCUGAAACCGAAUCGUCGGCCGGUAGUACUCACGAAAUCACUACGAAGAAAUCGUUCCGAGGUCUCUUUGCCAUUUUAGCUCUAUCUUUUCACGAAGUCUUCGAAGGCUUAGCUGUCGGAUUAGAGAAAGACGUUCAAAACGUAUGGUAUCUUUUCGCCGCCAUCGCUACGCACAAAUUCGUAUUAUCUUUCUGCCUCGGAGUCGAACUGAUAUCGACUAGAACGAAAAUACCGUUGGUGAUAUUGUAUAUUUGCACCUUCGCCGUAGUCACACCGAUCGGAAUAUCGUCUGGGAUUCUAUUGCUGCUGAAUAGAGACCCAUCGGUGCCCGGAGGUACCUUAGUUACCGUCAUUCUGCAAGGAAUAGCGUCCGGUACGCUGCUGUAUGUGACUUUCUUCGAAAUACUGCAAAAGGAAAAGGCUAACGCGAAAUCCGGUAUUUUGCAGCUGCUCGCCAUCAUGGCUGGAUUCGGAUUCAUGCUGGCUUUACAAUUUUUAACUGGACACGAACAUACUCAUAACCAUUCUCAUCUGCAUUCGCACGAACAUCAUCAUUAAAUUAUUGGAUAAUGCAGGUUUUUUUUUUCUCUUCGAAGAAUAUAUGGAAGAUGUGUGGUAUUUUUUUGGAUUUUUUUGUCUCCAUUUUUCUUUUCUUUUUUUUUUAAUUUGUUACAACGCAUUUACUGUUCCUAAAUAUAUGUGUAUUUUUUUCUAAUUAUUUUUUUGUGUGCGCGAGAGUGUGAAGAAAUUUAUAAUAAAGACGUGUAAUUUUGUUGUA